GGGAUUUGUGUUCAUUUAGCUACAAGAGCAUUAGUAAGGUUGAGAUCAGGCGCUGGUGUUGAUGUGAGGAGGCUCCGGUUCCAGUUCAUCCCAAAGGUGUUCAGUGGAGUUGAGGUCAGGGAUCUGUGCAGGACACUCGAGUUCUGGCGCUCCGCUUUUGCCAAACCAUGAGCAGCGGUUCAACAGCUCGAAGGUUAAAGCUCUGGGUUACUGAUCAGAAGGUCAGGCCCAGGUUCAAGGCCCAGCACUGCCACUGUUGGGUCCUUCAGCAAAGCCCUUAACUCUAUCUGCUCCAGGGGAGUUGUAACAUGGCUGACCCUGUGCCCUUCCUAACAAGCUGGGGUAUGCGAGAAAAAAUGACAAAUAACGGCGUCUUCUUCUUCAACCAUGACUUCAUGGAGCUCGCUUUGUGCACAGGGGCAUCGUCAUGCUGGAACAGUGUUUGGGGCCUUGUAGUUCCAGUGAAGGGAAAUUGUAACGCUACAGCGUACAAAGGUGUUCUAUACAAUUGUGUGCCUCCAACUUUGCGGCAACAGUUUGGGGAAGAACCGCAUAUGGGUGUGACGGUCAGGUGUCCACAUACUUUUGGCUGUAGUGUACUCAGAGGAUGUGCUGAUUAUUUUUACUAUAACAACACGACACAGAGUGUUUUAUCCCUUACUUUUCCCGUAAUUUGUCAUGAGCUGUUUCAACCUUCAAACCAAGAAAAUACAUUCAUGUAUACAGACAGAAGAUGCAUCACUGUCAUGGCUGCUCUUAGAUUUGAGGAAGAGGAAGCAGGGCUGUAAAUGGUGUAUAGAGUCGAGCGCUGCUAUCGAUUUCCUUUUUUCCUUGCUUCAGCUGUUUAAGGAAUGCCGUUAAUGCUGAGGUAGGGAUUAGUUGUGAUGUGUCAAGUACAUGCACAUGGAGACAGAAAAAGAGAGAGGGAGAGGGAAAGAGAGGUUGGGGAGGAGAAACAGAUCACAUGACAUUGUGUUUCUGUCUGGUAGAGGCUGGGGCGUGUGUGUGAGCUCAUACACACGGACAAACUGAAGGACAAUUGCUGAGUCAGUGUGUGAGAAGACUCUUCAUCUGUUCUUUCCUCUCUGUUUACUUACAGGGACGUGGUAAAUAAUACAAAGAUGGCAAGAAAUCUUCUGAAAAAUCCAAAUGGAGAAGAGAUGACGGAUUUCUGGGACCUGACGGAGAACGGAGGAACCCAGUGGUGCGUGGAGGACAUGCCCGGAGAUUGUGGACAUGAGUUCAGCAACGAGGCUGUAACCAAAUUCUUCUCCACCUCCUUCGAACUGUGUCUUAAGAGUCAGACGAUUGAUCUCGUGGCAGAAGGCUACGCUCCUGAUGACUUGGACAGUCAGCCAGCGGUCACAAUUGAGGACUGGUACUGUAGCCGAACAGACUGUGGCUGUAUGUACCAGAUAUCCGUCUGUCUCCUGGAUGAGAAUAAGGAGGUGUUGCAGGAGUACAAGCCCGAGAUUGUGACCAUUGACCCGGACACUGAUGACUGCUCAUGGAGACAGGUGACCCACACGUUUACUGACUACGGCCCGGGUUUGCGCUUCAUCUCUUUUGAGCACGGUGGAAAGGACACCAAAUACUGGAACGGCUGGUUUGGCGUGAGAGUGACCGGGAGCUCCGUCACGAUAGACAUCUAGAAGUCUAUGGAGAGUCGCACGGAUCCGAUAAUAGCCUAACCACGAUCUAGAGCGUCUAGAACCUACGGUAGAGCAGUGGUUCUCAACGUGGGGACCGCCCAGGGACCGUGAAGUGAGAGCAUAAACCUCAGGCUCCGACUGACACGUGACCAGCACCGUCCUGAAUCUGGCGUAGAUCUACCGUUAAUAAAGCAAUGGCAAUGAUGAAGAGAAGGAAUGUUUUAAACGUAUCAGAAUUAAAACCAGCUCUAUUUGAGAAAUAACUCUUUUUUUUUUUUUUUUUUUUUUUUUUUAGAUAAUACUCGAUUUAUGAUUGUUGAACCUUUUCCAUUGAUGCAUUGAUCCAAAUUGUCCAAUCAUUCCUUCUUUAAAAAAAAAAAAUUUUUUAAAGAUAAUAUAAGUUAACACUUGAUUAGUCCCAGGUGUGAAAUCCCAGUUUUACAGCAACAGGCAAGAGAUAACGAGAAUUUAAGACAUAAAAGACGACACAGCGAUGGAAAACUAUUAUUAUAAGGUAAAAUAAUAGAAACUGAGAUGUACUAUAACCAGAUACGCUGCUUUAAAAAGUUGUUCUUACUCACGACCACGACUAAAAUAUGUAUUAUUCAGCUCCUGUAAUCAGUUGAACUUCGAAAUCUAAAUGAAAAUGUGUUCUGUCUGUGGAAAGUUCACAAAUAAUAAUUUAAAAAGCUCCUAUAAACAGACAUUAAACACUAAACCUGUUAUUAAAGCGGUCCCUGAAUGCACAAAGUUUGAGAACCACUGCUCUAGAGGUUAUUAGUAAGAUCUAUUUGAGUCGCUUACUGAGCUUUUAGCAUCCUAGAUAGAGCGUGAAGCGUAUAUGCAUUGUGCACUGUAUAGACUUAUUACUGCUGAAUGUGUGCAUCUACUAACAGCUACCUCUACUCACACUCAUAAUAGUAAUAAUAAGAAGAAUAAAACACUCUGUGAACACACACCAGUCAGGCUGUUCCUGACCGCUAGUAAAAGAAAACACGACCAAAUAAAAAAAACGUAUGCCAUG